GAAUGGUUUUUUGUAAGAAACAUAUUACUGGAUUUUUUACAGAGUUGCAACUAUCCAGUGCAAAGAAUAAAGUUCUUACAAGUAAAUACUCAAUACCCAAGUAGGCUUAUACAAAGUUGAUCGCGAUAUGAUCAAGUGCUUUAUGGGUUGUCUCAUACCUUACGAUUGAUGUUGACACUGUGUUGGGUAAAUGUUGCCUGACAAUAAAUUGUCAGGGAACAGGACCCUACAUACAAUACUCUAUACACAUGAAUUAUCAGACAGGAGUAUCAAUCUAUCCAUAAUCUAGUACUUCUGUCGGCUGCUGUCUAUAUAAAACCUGAAUUUCCCGCCAAAUCUUCACUGCAUUUAUAGUUCUUAAAAUGCUAUCAAUCUGCACAACCUUGCCACAAUUACUUACGCCAUCAAUAUAUAUUUACAAGAAACAACCAAACAAACACAAAAAUGAAUCACCCUUUUGUAAACCCAUAAAAAAGAUCUCACCUUUAUCAAGAACCAAGAACAAUUGUACCAGAAUAUAUGCCACAUUGUCACUUUCAAGAACCAAGAAUCAUCAAGAUUUUGAUUGGAAUGUUGAAAUUAUCAAGGCCUGUGAAAUGGGUGAUCUGAAAGAGGCCAUGAGAUUGUUUUCCCAGCCUGAAAAAUCGAGUCUUGAUUCGAAGACUUGUGGUGCCAUCUUGCAGCUUUGUGCUGAGUUUAAGGCCUUGAGUGAUGGGAAAAAAGUUCAUGACUUUGUGUGUGGAAAUGGGGGUGAAAUUGACGAGUUUGUGUGUGCAAAGCUUGUGUUUAUGUAUGUGAAUUGUGGGGAUUUGGAGGAAGGGAGGAGGGUUUUUGAUACAAUUGAGAAUGAGAAGGUGUUUUUGUGGAAUUUGUUGAUUAGUGAGUAUGCUAAGAUUGGGAAGUAUGAAGAAAGUGUGGGCUUGUUUAUGAGAAUGAGGCAUUUGGGUGUUGAGGCUGAUGUUUAUACUUUAACGUGUGUUUUGAAGUGUUAUGGAACUUUGGGGAGAGUAGUGGAAGGGGAAAGGGUUCAUGGGUAUUUGCUGAAAAUAGGGUUCGGUUCGAAUAAUAGUGUUGUGAAUUCUUUGAUUGGGUUUUAUUUUAGGUGUGAGCGGCCGGACAGUGCAUGUAAGCUAUUUGAUAUAUUGACUGAUCGAGAUAAGAUAACAUGGAAUUCUAUGAUAAGUGGUUAUGUGGCCAAUGGUUGUGCAAGGAAGGCACUGAUGGUUUUUGUGGAGAUGUUAAGUGAGAGUGUUAGUGUUGAGUUGGCUGUAAUGGUUAAUGUACUUGUAGCUAUCGGUAGUCUUGAGAGACUUGAUCUCGCUAGAGCAGUUCAUGGCUAUGGUAUUAAAGGAAGUUUGUUUAGCGAAACUAAUUUUGCUAAUACUUUACUUGAUGUUUAUUCAAAGUGUGGAGAUAUGGAUGGGUCAAUUAAGAUUUUUCGGAACAUGGGUCAAAAAAAUGUUGUGACAUAUACGGCUUUGAUGGGUAGCUAUGCUCGAGGCAGUCUCUUCAUUGAGGCAAUAAAGUUGUUUGAUGAUAUGAAAAGGGAUGGUAUUAAGCCGGAUGUUUUUACUGCAACUAGCAUUCUUCAUGCUUGUGCUUGUAAUGGUUCACUAGAGAUAGGAAAGGACGUGCAUAGAUAUAUUAGGGAGUCAAAUAUGCAGUUGACUUUGUUUGCUUCUAAUGCUCUUAUAGACAUGUAUGCAAAAUGCGGAAGCAUGGAAGAUGCUCUCACUGUUUUUUCUGAGAUGCCAAGGACGGACAUUGUCUCAUGGAAUACCAUGAUUGGAGGCUACUCGAAAAACAGGCUUCCCAAUGAAGCACUCGAUUUGUUUGUUAAGAUGCAAAAAGAUUUGAAGCCGGAUAAUGUUACUAUCAGUUGUGUCCUUCCAUCUUGUGGCAGCCUAUCAGCUCUAGACAGAGGUCGAGAAAUACAUUCUUUCGUUUUAAAAAACGGGCUGUCUUCAGAUCAGUUUGUUAUGAAUGCACUUCUGGAUAUGUAUGUGAAAUGUGGUGCACUAGUUCUUGCAAGAUCACUUUUUAGUAUUAUGCCUGAUAAAAAUCUGGUCUCAUGGACAGUAAUGAUAGCUGGGUAUGGUAUGCAUGGAUUUGGAAGGGAAGCUGUCUCUACCUUUUCUGAGAUGAGGCGUGCUGGUAUAAAGCCUGAUAGUGCUUCUUUUAUAUCUAUCCUCUAUUCUUGCAGUCACUCAGGAUUACUUGAUGAAGGUUGGAGUCUUUUUAACAUUAUGCGAAAUGACUGCAAGAUAGAGCCCACAUUGGAGCACUAUACUUGUAUGGUGGAUUUACUUUCCCGUGCUGGAAAACUAGCCAAGGCUUAUAGUUUUAUUAAAAAUAUGCCAAUUAAUCCAGAUUGCUUUAUCUGGGGUGUUUUGCUUCGUGGUUGCAGAAUUCACCAUGAUCUGAAACUGGUAGAGAAGGUUGCGGAACAUAUUUUUGAGCUGGAACCAGAAAACACAGAGUAUUAUGUUCUUCUUGCAAAUAGUUAUGCAGAGGCAGAACAGUGGGAAGAAGUAAAGAAGUUAAGGCAAAAGAUUGGUCUUGAUGGCCUGAAAAAGGAGCGAGAGUGUAGUUGGAUAGAACUGAAGGGCAAAGUCCAUAUCUUUGUGGCAGGAGACAAUGGACACCCACUGGCGAAGAAUAUAAAUAUUUUGCUGAAGAAGUUGCAGGAGAACAUGAAACAACAAGGUAAGUCACUGAAUAUGAGGUAUGCUUUGAUCAAUGCUGAUGAGAUGCAAAAAGAAGAGGCUCACUGCAGGCACAGUGAGAAGUUGGCUAUGGCUUUUGGUAUAUUAAGCUCGUCACCAGGUAAAAUCAUAAGAAUUACCAAAAAUCUCCGAGUAUGCAGUGACUGUCAUGAGAUGGCCAAAUACAUUUCAAAGGUGAUUGGCAGAGAAAUUAUUGUGAGAGAUUCAUAUCGCUUUCACCAUUUCAAAGAGGGUUGCUGCUCCUGCAGAGGUUAGCAGUGAAUUGGCACCUGUUUGGAGGGUAAAAUGCUACAGCCAGGCCCAGAUCCUUCAUGAUCUCAUGGUGGUACCUAACUGUCUGCAAUGCCAUAUGCAUUAGGCAGUUGGUGAGAACAACUUCAUUCUUCAACUAGUCCAACAAAAAAUGAAGCGAUGAAGUAAACAGAUGCCCAGAGAACUGACCUGCAUUCAAGAUACAAUACCUGUGGAAAUUUUCUAGCAGGGUAUUCAACUAGGGAAGGGAUGUAUUGUCUUCAUUCAUGCAGACAUAAAGUUCUCAGAUCUACGAUCACAAUUACAGCGUUAGCCAAAUUCAUGAAAGCAGAAAUAUGGCAUCUAUUUGCAACUUGAGCUUGAGCCGGUAACCACCCGGAUCAAAUGAAACCUAUCCUGAGUCGGUGAGACAUGCACUUUUAGAGUUUUGAUUUGAUGGUAAACUGUACCCAACUAUACAUAAUAAGAAAACACAGAGUACAUGCAAAUUACAGUGAGAUGUAAGCAAUCUAUCCUAGCUUUUACCUCACAAGACCCAUACAUGAAUAAUAGACAAUAAUAUAAGUCUUGAUGCCAGAAAUUGAUGUCAUCAGUUAUGCUACGGGAUC